GGAAAAUUCCCCGACAAAUUCGAGUAAACUUAAAUAUUCCGAGGAAAAAUACACAAUACCCAUCGGCUUUAUCUCGAUCACCGCGGACGGUAUAAAAUCCGCGAGCCCGUCGACAAUCGCCUUAUAGAAAACCAUAUCCAUUCAGAUGGUCCGAAUCGAGUUGCUUGUGCUUGUUAUCUGCCCCGUCGGGCUGAUCUGCGUUUCGGGGAUUCCCCGACAAACGAAGCCGACGCCCGCCGGCGCUUUCGAGCUAUCUGUCGUGCAUUUCAACGAUUUUCACGCCAGAUUCGAGGAAACCAACAUAUACGCCAACACGUGCAAACCGGACGAGGAAUCGUCCUGCAUCGGAGGAUUUUCCAGGCUCUACGAACAAAUCGCGGCCAUCCUCGAUGACAAGCCGAAAUCGAUCCUGUUGAACGCCGGCGAUAGCUUUCAAGGCACACUGUGGUACAACAUCGGCAAAUGGAACGUCACUCAGGAAUUUAUGAACAAAUUGCCCAUUGAUGCGGAAGUCAUCGGAAACCACGAGUUCGACGACGGCAUCGCCGGCUUGGUGCCCUACAUCAAGGCCCUGAAGCACCCGGUGGUCGUGUCCAACAUCGACGACAGCCAGGAGCCCUCCUUCCAGGGGAUUUACGCCAAGAGCACCGUCGUCGAGAGGGACGGCAGGAGGAUAGGCGUCGUGGGCGUCAUCACGUCGGUUUGCGAUGAGAUUGCGAGCACCGGUAGAUUGAAGUUCUUCGGGGAAUCGGCCAGCGUGAACGCGGAGGCGGAGAGAUUGGUGCGCGAAGAGGGAGUUUUCACCGUUAUAGUGCUGUCGCAUUCUGGAUACGAUGUGGAUAAGGAAAUAGCCGCGAACGCUUCGGAGAAAAUAAGCCUUAUAGUCGGGGGGCAUUCGCACACUUUUCUGUAUACAGGCGAUAAUCCUCCGGGUCCGGAUAAAGUCGGAGGGCCCUACCCGACGAUAGUGCAAAGUAAAUUCGGCCACGACGUGCUGGUUACGCAGGCUUCGGCUUACAGCAAGUAUCUUGGAAACAUCACCAUCUACUUGGAUGAUGGUGGAGAAAUCGUGGAUUAUUCUGGGGCUCCCAUAUUUUUGGCACACGAUGUACCGCAAGACCAGUCCAUAAACAAGGCUUUGGAACCGUGGAAGAAAAUUAUCCAUGCGGAAGGUGACAAAGUUAUCGGAUCCAGUUUGGUUUCUCUGGAUGACAGUACUUGCUAUACCAGCGAAUGCACUUUGGGUAAUUUGAUAGCCGAUGCCUAUGUAUUUGCUUACACAAAAUCCCCACCAAACGGUUCCUGGACCGAAGCAGCAAUUGGUCUAAUAAACGCCGGAGGUCUCCGAUCCCCCAUCGAAAAAGGAAAUAUUAGUUACAGCGACCUCUUGACCGCCCAACCGUUCGGAAACACCAUCGACUUCGGCCAAAUCCAAGGCAAAUACCUGAAGGAAGCCUUCGAGGAAACGGCCAAGGAGCACGCUUACGGCAGGCUCUACAGCAGCAUCAACUUACUCCAAGUCUCUGGGGUGCAACUGGCAUACGAUUUAAGUAAACCGCUGGGCGAGCGGGUGGUGUCGAUCAAAGUGCGCUGUGCCGAUUGCACCACACCGGCGUACGAGGAUUUGGAUCAGAACAAAUCGUAUAACGUGGUGAUGCCGUCUUUUCUGAGCCAGGGUGGUGAUAAUUACGUCAUGUUCAAGGAUCAGUUGAGGAACAAGCGAGUGGGGCCCAUCGAUGUCGAUAUUUUGGUGGACUAUUUGGGGCAUUAUUCGCCGGUGUUCGAGGAGAUAAGCGGGAGGAUUGUGAUUGAUCAAGGGGAAAACGAGCUGGUUUAUUAUAAGAGAUGAGUUUA